AUGGGUCAUAUUAUUUCUGUAUACAGUUUAGGUCGUUAUGCUCUGGUUGUUACUGGUGAUAAAGCAGUAUAUGCAGAAGGUAAUGCUCAACCCACUGGUGGGGCUGGAACAGUAGCAAUGUUAAUUGGACCCAAUGCUCCCAUUAUAUUGGAAAGAGGCUUGUGUUCAACUUAUAUGGAACAUGUAUAUGAUUUUUAUAAACCUAAUUUAAUGAGCGAAUAUCCUACUGUUGAUGGAAAGCUGUCUGUCCAAAGAUAUGCUAAAGCACUAGAUAAAUGCUAUGAAGGAUUUUGCAGGAAAGCAGAAAGUUUUAUAAAUCUAAAGGUUGUAAUGUACAAGAUAGAAGGAAGUAAGGGGGUACUGCAGCUCCACAGUGCUUAUUACGAGCCGCCACUGUUUGUGUGUACUGCAUUAAAAGAUAAAAUGGGCUUUACCCUGAAAGACUUAGAUGCUAUGUUGUUUCAUACUCCAUACUGUAAGCUAGUGCAGAAAAGUCUUGGUCGCCUUUCGUUUAACGAUUUCAUACGAGAUCCUAAUCCAGACAUGAAUAAUGAAUACAGAGGACUAGAAGCAUAUCGUAACCUUAAAUUGGAGGAUACAUACUUUAAUAAAGAAGUGGAAAAAGCAUUUGUGGAUCAUAGCAAAUCUAUAUUUGAAAAGAAAACAAAACCCAGCCUUUUGACUGCUAAAGAAGUGGGCAACAUGUACACUCCUUCUCUAUAUGCCUGUCUUGUUUCUUUUAUUGCAAGUCAAAAAAUAGAAGACUUAAAAGCAAUUAGAGUAGGAAUGUUUUCUUAUGGCUCUGGUUUGGCUGCCACUCUGUUUUCCCUUCGUUUUACGGAUGAUAUCAUGAAAGGUUCUCAGUUACGUUACUUGCACGACAGUCUUCAAAACAUCAAAUCUAGACUUACGAACAGAAGGAAAGUAAGUCCAGAGAAAUUCACAGAAAUUCUGAAACUCAGGAAUGCCACUCACCAUCAAGCUCCUUACACACCCGUAGGAAAGGUGGAAGAUCUGUUUCCCAAAACCUGGUAUUUAGAACAUGUGGAUGAGAAGCAGAGGAGGACUUACCUACAAACAAAAGAGUCUCCCAGCAUCAAAUGUAAUGGAUGCUUCCCCAAAAUAAUAAAUAUAUGUUUCCCUGUCAUGCAGAUACUAGAUCACAGUAUUUGGUCACUCACUAAGCUCAGUUUCAUUAAUUAUAUUCACAGUUUCAUAUAUAUUUCAUCAUUCAGAAGUCAAACAACAAAAACCAGCGUUAUAUUUACAAAAUUUUCACAGGACUAGUUUCGAUGGUUUUACCGAACCACCAUCCUCAGCUGCCAAGGAUGAUGCCUAGGCAGCUGAGGAAAUAUAAUUGAAAUAAAAUUCCUUUAUAGAAAUUGUGCUAUAAUACUCAUCUAUAAUUUAAAAAAAAAGCAGCACGACUUAGAAUUUUAAACAAAACUUUAAAAAAUUCGUUUUUAAAUA